AUGCGACCGAGAAGGCGCGACGACUUUGCGAUCGCAAUUAUCUGCGCUCUCGUUUUUGAGGCGGAUGCGGUCGAGGCUUUGUUCGAUGAGACCUAUGAUCGACUCGGGAAACACUACGGCAAAGAACGAGGCGAUGCCAACACAUACGUAAAUGGACGGAUUGGCAAGCACGAUGUGGUCCUGUGCUAUAUGCCUGGCAUGGGCAAGGGAAGUGCGGCAGGUGUUGCGUCUAGCCUGCUCAUCAGCUACCCGGGCGUCAGGCUUGCUCUCGUCGUUGGGAUCUGCGGGGGCGCCCCAUCACCACCAAAGUAUCAAGAGAUAUAUCUUGGUGAUGUGAUUAUCAGUGAUUCGACACACUGGGCAGGCCAGAUCGAGAGAUCCGGGCUCUUCUCAAUGACCUUCGCGCGGAAAAAACCCGCAGUGAACUUGAAAACCAGGCGCAACACCAUCUCCACUGCCUUCAACAAACAGGAACCAGAUGCUGUCAUCCGGGAGCCUAUGAUAUUCUUUUCAAGGCCCGCUAUCUUCAUCAGCAUCAUAGCAAGACUUUUGCUGAUGGAUGCCGCACCUGUUUUGGAAGAUCAUGAAAUCCGAGGUCGAGAGGCCUCAGAACCUUACCCGGUCUCCAUCUACAUCGGACCAGUUGCAUCCGCUGACACGGUUAUGAAGUCUGGACAGCAUCGGGAUGAGAUUGCCAGUACAGAAAAGGUUCUUGGUUUUGAGAUGGAGGGGGCAGGAGUCUGGGAUCAUGUCCCGUGUAUCAUUAUCAAGGGCGUAUGUGACUAUGCCGACAGUCACAAAAACAAGGUGUGGCAGGAAUAUGCGGCAGCGACUGGAGCGUCAGUGGCAAAGACUUUUCUGGAGUACUGGAGGCCGGCAGACCAUAGAGACGCGAGCGGAAAUUACCAUGUGAUAAUUCCCUUUGCAAAGAAUCCAUAUUUCGUGGGCCGCCAGCAGGAAAUCCAGAUGAUAGAGGAUUCGAUUACUAUGCCAGAUGGACCGAGAAAGCUUGCCAUCACCGGACUGGGCGGCGUGGGAAAGACUCAAAUCGCGCUGGAGAUAGCUUAUUGCAUGCGACAUCGAGACCCUGAAUGUUCGAUCUUCUGGAUCCCGUGCACCAGCUUCGAGGCUGUUGAACAGGCUUUCGUGACCAUAGCACAAGUAUUGGGGCUCCGUGAAGUGCAGCCAACAAAGGUGAAGGAGUGUCUCCGGGCUCACUUCAGCCAGUCCAACAAAAAGUGGAUCCUGAUCUUCGACAACGCAGAUGACAAGGACAUGUGGAUGGAGAUUCAGGGAAGCUCCACUGCACCACGGCUCAAGAAUAUCAUCCCUCAAAGUGACAAUGGUCGUGUUCUCUUCACCUCCCGCAAUCGACAGCUUGCAUUGAAGCUUGCACCAUCAAACGUGGUCUCUAUCCCCCAUGUGGAUCAGAAGGCUGGCAAGGAAAUUUUGAUGAACUUGCUGAUUUGCAAGGAUCUGUUACGGGACGAUUAUGAGACAAAUACGCUCCUUGAGAUGCUUUCUUGUCUCCCGUUGGCAAUCAGCCAAGCCGCGGCUUACAUCAAUCGAAAUGAUAUUUCCUUAGCAACAUACAUGUCACUGCUGGGCGAACAAGAAGGGGCGAGCAUAGAACUGCUCAGCGAGGAGUUUGAUGACGACGGACGCUACGAAGCGAGUCAGCAUGCCGUGGCCGCAACCUGGCCGAUCUCCUUUGUGCAGAUUCAGCAACGGGAUAAAAUUGCAAGCGACUUUUUGUCAUUCAUGGCCUGCAUUAGUCAUCGGGAGAUACCAGAGUCCAUUCUUCCACAUACGGAGUCAGCGAAGGCAAGAGUGGAAGCAUUGGGUCUUCUCAAAGCAUGCUCUUUUGUCAGCGCACAGGUUGAGAAUAGCAUGAAAUACGGGACAUUUACGAGCUGGGUAGGGACAACUGCUGACCGACUGAGCACGGUUUUCCCUGAUGAAGACCAUUGCAAUCGACAAACAUGGAGGAACUACCUGCCUCAUGCAUUGUAUCUGGCAGACAGCGCAGAAUUCCAGGAACGCCAGCAUGAUUAUGACAACUUCCUGGCCAGGAUAGGAAGGUGCUUGCGAAGGGAUGGCAGAUAUGCCGAGGCAGGAUCUGUGUUCCGAAACGUCCUUUCAACUCAGGAAAGAUUUUGCGGACCGGAGCAUGCUGAUACUCUUGCUAGUAUCAGAAACCUUGGUUUAUGCCUUGAACGACAGGGCAAUUAUGAGGAAGCAGAGGCCAUACACCGACGGGCACUGUUAGGGUCAGAGAAGGUCCUUGGUCCUGAGCAUCCUCAUACUCUUAUUCGUAUCAAUGAUUUUGGUUCAAUCCUUGCACACCAGAGCAAGUAUAAGGAAGUAGAGACCAUGCACAGACGAUCACUUUCGGGGUCAGAGAAGGUCUUUGGUCCUGAGCAUCCCCGGACUCUCAACAGCAUGGCUAUUCUGGCAAGCAUGUUAUUUGACCAGGGACGCUUCGUCGAAGCGGAAGAGCUUGCUGUGCAGCUGCUUGGAGCGCGGAAACGGAUGCCAGGGCCAGAGCAUCCUUGGACCUUGACCAGUAUGCGCAAUCUUGCGUGUACUUGGAGAAAACUAGGGAGGACUUCUGACGCAUCCAUCCUUCUCAAGGACUGUGUGGACCUCUCCAACAAAGCAUUAGGUUCGCAUCACGCAGACACCGCCCAAUUAUUCAAUAUUCUUCUUAGCUGGGAGACCAACAGCAAACCAGCUUCAACAGACGCUUCUACUCCCCCGCUAGCUCAUACGCACGAGAGUGAGAUGAUGCCGGAUUCAAAACUCGGAGGCCGGAAAUGGCGACGCCCGAUGAAUUUUCUUUUCCAAAGAAGACGAUGA